ACUAAUUGCCCUUGAAUGUGUGUAUAAAAGGCUGCGUGUUGCCUUUCACUGCAAGCAGACACCAACAUGUCUCUCCUCCAACAAAUCAUCAUUGCUUCCCUGGCAGCCUUCGUGGCCGCCCAGUGUCCCUCAAAUUUCUUUGAAUCCGGUGGCCACUGCUUCAGUGUCAUUGACAAGCCCGGGGUGAAUAUGACAUGGGAGGAGUGCAGGGGUCUGUGUGAGCUAGAGGGGGAGGGGGAGUGGAAGGCUGACCUGGCCGUCUUUGAUAAUGCUGAACAACUGGAAGCUUUCUCCAUCACCUGGCUCGAGAUCUCCAAUACGCUGCCCGACCAUCCCUACAUGUGGAUCGGCGUGCACAAGAUGGACGGCCAAUGGGUCACCCUGGACGGCACUCACAUCACUCUCCAGAAUCUCAUGUGGCACGUUGGUCACCCUCAUGACAUGGGGGUCAACGCCUACCUGGAGGACAUCACCAGGACCACCGGCGAGAACUCCUACGGACGUUUGUACAUGAGCUGCUCGAUGGGCGUUUACGAGCACCACAGCCGCUGCCUCUGUGAAGCCAACUGAUGGAAUCGAAGCAAAGACAAACGCGCCUAACUUCCUCCCUCUCCUUUCCUUCUUUUUCUUCCUUAUUUUCUUACUCAUCCCUCAGCUUAGUCUUUUCCAUUUUUUCUCAUCCGUUUAAGUUUCACUGACUGUUUUACACACACACACACACACACACACACACACACACACACACACACACACACACACACACACACACACACACACACACACACACACACACACACACACACACACACACACACACACACACACACACACACACAAAAGCACAUGCAUAAAGUUGGGUGUUUAGAUGUAUCUAAUAAACAGAGCUAGUGAAGAUCGUUGUCCAAGAAUCUGCUCCACGCGAUAUUGAAAGAAAUACUACUGCGAAGAAAACAAAGAACUUCUGACUUCAUAUGAAGACAAAAACUAAAGAAAGUAACAUGCCUUCCUGACGCAUUCAUCUCUCGUAAGUAAAUGGUUAUGUCAUGAGACACAUUCAUCAGCGUCUUGAAGAUCCAAGCCUUAAUUCUUCAGUCACUAUUUUAAGUUACUAAGGCGUCGUUCAUAGAAAACUGACCCACCUUAUUAGCAUGUGUAAUUUUCGUAUCUUUAAACUGUAUUUUAUAUUAAGUAUAUUAAGUACUGUAUUCUGCAAAUGCAGUUUUCCCUCACCUCAUACAAAACAAUAAAGAAAUAUAUUUUC